UUUGGCAACCUUGCCUAACAAAAAACGUAAUAUAGAGCGAUUUUAAAAAUCAUAUGUAACCCAGAAUAGUAUGAAUAAAACUGUCACCUUAUCCCAUAGUUUCCAAAAUGGGGUUACUUUUUGGGAGCUUCUACUGUAGGGUACAUCAGGGGCACUUCAAAUGGGGCAUGGUGUCUAAAAACCAUUAUGUGGACUUGUCUGCCAUGAAUGACAGCUGAGGGGCUGCUGUUACUAUGGUAUCACAGUUGGCCAGGGAUGUCAUGUGACCACUCCUCUGAAGAUGCAUACUGGGAUUUUUACUUUCACUUUGAAGCUCGUCCGCCCACACAGCCUCAUCUAUGGGAGCAUACUAUGCUGAACACAUUAUACAUACAGUGUAUCUCUCAGUAUACUAAUACUCUUGGCUUUAGUUAUUAUCUGGUGCAAUUUAUUUAUUUUUUAUGUGUAUGGUGGCCAACCCCUUUAAGGGUUUAAAAGUGUUCGUCCCCCCGGUCUUAGCUGCAAAAUUUCCUGAAAAAAAAAAAGGGGGCUUAUAGACUUAAAAAUACUUUAGUAUUUGCAUUUUAUAACUUUUGAAAACUAACACUGUUAGGGUCCAUUCACACAUCCGUAGAAUGGGUCCGGAUCUGUUCCACAACCUUGUGGAACAAAUUCGGACCCAUUCAUUCUCUACGGGGCUGGAAGAGAUGCGGACAGUACACAGUGUGCUGUCCGCAUUUCCAGUCCACGGCUCCUGAAAAAAAUAGAACAUGUUCUCUUCUUGUCCGCAAUUGCAGACAAGAAUAGGCAGUUCUAUGGGGGUGCCAGUCGGGUGUAUUGUGGAUACGCAAUACACUACGGACGUGUGACUGGGCCCUAGGCAGGCUAUUGGCUUUCCUUGGAGACCAGCUGUGUAUGGAGACUUAUUGGCAAUGCUCCAUGGAGAAAUAAUAUGCAAAGAGGUAUCCCAUAAAAAAAAAAAAUGAGAACCAUCAAGUAAUGUCCCAAGACUUGAUACCGUAAGUUGGACUUUGACUCAUAAGGAGUCAAUUCCACAAGGUGGCACUAGCGGGAUGAUUCUCUGUCCCUUGGCAAUACCUCUUUGCAAAACUAAGGCUACUUUCACACUAGCAGCAUGGACCUUCGACAGGCUGUUGGAUCGGUCCUGCCGCUAGUGAACGCGUGCCCUCGGACUGCCGCUCUGUCCCCAUUGACUGUAAUGGGGGCGGGCACGGCGAGAGGCUGUCAGAAUAAAUGUCAGAAAUGUCGUAGUUUUUUUUCCGGCAGCCUCUCGCCGUGCCUGGACCAGGAACGCCACCCCCGCCCCCAUUAUAGUCAAUGGAGACGGAGCAUCAGUCUGGAGCACACGUUCACUAGCGGCAGGACAGAUCCGACAGGCCAUUCACCUGACAGAACUGCUAGUGUGAAAGUGGCCUAAUGCUCGAAAUUCAUUUAUUUUUUUCCUUCAUUUACAAUUAUGAUGAUGAAUCUUUUGCUUCACCAAAAUAACUUGCUCAUAGUAGAAUAGACUUUCUAUUUCCCUUUUUUGCAUGUUACUUACAACUUUGGAUAUUUCAAAACCCACCUUUCUUUUGCCUUUGUGACCUAUUGCUGCUAACGAUUAAGUAUAGAAUUUUAAAAAUGACCUCGGAUAUGUGGGGAAUAAUUCAGUCACUAUUUUAUAAGACUGCGCUAGGAGGUUAUGCAGAGGCUAGCAUGGGGCUGACGCUGGGUCUGUCUCCGAGUGAUAUUGACUAUGCAGCCUCUUCCUUCCCCCGCCUCUCUCUUCUUCUCGUGAGAUCCGAGGAGGUGCCACGGGGGGGCGCGUACGUGGGUGAGCGCGUUGGGUUUACCAGCCGGCGGGGGGCCGAGGCUGAUGAGCGUGGGCGGCAAAAGGCGAGCCCUUUACUUUAAGGUGGCUAUAGCUACCGCAGAAGUGGCAGUGACAGGUUUGGACCUCCAGUUCGUACAAUGUAUCGUCUGAGAGUGGAGAACCUAUCUACGAGGUGCAGUUGGCAAGACUUAAAGGACUUUAUGCGGCAGGCUGGGGAGGUCACUUAUGCUGAUGCUCAUCAUCGCCGACCUAAUGAAGGAGUCAUAGAAUUCCGUUCAUAUUCAGACAUGAAGAGAGCACUAGAAAGACUGGAUGGUAAAGAGGUGAACGGCCGAAAGAUUCGUCUUGUGGAGGAUAGGGCUUCAUCCGGGACUAGACGCUCCUCUUCUCGCAGCCGUUCAAGAUCUCGAUCAUGGAGGAGCAGCCGCUCUAAAUCUCGAUCUCGAAGCAGGAGCAGACGUCGAGACCGAAGAAGCAGGAGUCGCAGUAGAGACAGGAGAGAUAGUAGAAGUUUAAGCAAGGGUAGAAGGGACAGUAAAAGUCAAAGUAGGGAUAGGAGCAGGAGCAAAAGUCGCAGCAGAAGUGUAAGCAAAAGUAGGAGAGGAAGAAGCCGUAGUAACAGUAAAGAGAGAAGCAGGAGUCUUAGCAAAUCACGAAAGAAUGGAGGUAGCCGAAGCCCCAGUAGAGAACAUAAAAGCGCAAGUCGGAGCCGGAGCAAGGUGAGGGACAGCAGAAGUAAAGAAAGAAGUCCUAGUAAGGAGAGAGAAGAAAAGAAUGGGAGUCAAGAAAAAAGUCCAAUAAAGCAUGCUGAUGAAAAGGAAAGAAGCCGAAGCAAUGAUAGAGAUAGAAGCCACAGCAAGGAAAGGAGGGAUAGUAAGCGGAGAGAAAGGAACAGAAGCAGGGACAGGAGAGAGAGAAGUAGGACCAGGGAUAGAAAGAGAAGGGACAGAAGCCGGAGCAAAGAGAGAUACAGUCGCAGCAAGGAGAGAAGCAGAAGCCGCAGCAGAGAAGAAAGGAAAAGAAAGCGAGACAGGAGUCGCAGCAAAGAAAGAAGCAGAAGGAACGGCAGGAGAAGCCGCAGUCCAAGCCGGGAGAGAAAUUUGAAACGUAGCCGGGAGGAUAGAAGCAGCAGUAAAGAGGCUAAUAAAGGCAAAAGUGAGGACACUGUAGCAUUUACUACAGAGUCUGAUCAGGAAAUUGAGGAAGGCGAGAUUGUUUGCAAUGACAAAGGGACUAGAGACGGUAACUCUGGUGCCCCUGCUUCACCUUCUCCACCUCCUGCUGAAGCUAUUGCCCCGGAGGAGAAAACGGUAGUAGUAGAUGAAGAAGAAGCAGCUGAAUCGGCAAACUCACCGCCCCCUGAAUCGGCAAACUCACCUCCCCAUGAAUCGGCAAACUCACCGCCCCCUGAAUCGGCAAACUCACCGCCCCCUGAAUCGGCAAACUCACCGCCCCCUGAAUCGGCAAACUCACCUCCCGCUGAAUCGGCUAACUCACCUCCCGCUGAAUCGGCUAACUCACCUCCCCCUGAAUCGGCUAACUCACCUCCCGCUGAAUCGGCUAACUCACCUCCCGCUGAAUCGGCUAACUCACCUCCCGCUGAAUCGGCUAACUCACCUCCCGCUGAAUCGGCUAACUCACCUCCCGCUGAAUCGGCUAACUCACCUCCCGCUGAAUCGGCUAACUCACCUCCCGCUGAAUCGGCUAACUCACCUCCCGCUGAAUCGGCUAACUCGCCUCCCGCACCGCAGUCCAGACCACCCACCCCUACAGAGCCUUGAAGUUACUUUCUUUGCACUCUGUUUUCUAUUUAUUUUGGUAUUUUGGAAAUUAAACCAUUUUAAUAUAUAUCUCAUGGUCUGUAAGCAUCUGCCCAAUAAUUCACUUUCAGAGCAAGUUUGUUGGAAGAAGACUUUUCAGUGAAUGCAUGAUCUUAUUUGUAGAACAUUUUGGUUGCUUAAUGAGGUCGAUAUUUUUAAGUGGUAAAAUGGCCACGAAACCAGACAAUAAUGUCUGAGAAUGGCACCCUAAAAUCUGGCACACUUGAUCAUUUAUAAUUACCGUAGUUGUUUUUUUUUUGUGCCAUUUUUGUUCUCUUGUGUUUUUGUUUUUUUUUAAUGAUAAAAUGCCACCUAGUCGUCUUUCAGAUUGAAUAAAGAACAUUUUUGCUUCGGAAAGCAUCAGUGCCCUCAUUGAGUGGUAAAAGUACAUCUUUCCAAAUAUAAAGGGGUUGUCUCAUAUUAGCCACUGCAUGACAGCUCCUGGAACCGCCAACAGUCUGCUGUUUUUCCUUGCAGAGGAAAGAUAUGGUAUUACAUCCUGCAUAUUCAAAUAGCUGGUGAUUUAUAAUAAAAUAAAUUAGCACCUA